AUGAGCCCCGAGCCGGUCCCGCCGCCUCCGCCCCCGCCCCAGUGUCCGGGCUGUGACUGCGGAGAGCCGUUCGCGCAGCGACUGGAGAAAGGCGACGAGGCCUUCCGCGCGGGCGAGUUCGAGAUGGCAGCCGAGCUCUUCCGCUCCAUGCUGGCCGGGCUGGCGCAGCCGGACCGCGACCUGUGCCUGCGGCUGGGGGAUGCGCUGGCCCGCGCCGGCCGCCUCCCCGAGGCUCUGGGCGCGUUCCGCGGCGCCGCGCGGCUCGGGGCGCUGCAGCCGGAGGAGCUGGGGGAGCUGGCGGGCGGCCUGGCGCGCGCCCUUGGCCUGCGCGAGUGGCGGCUGGGCGCGGGGAAGCCGGACCGCGCGCCCGAGGAGCCGGCCGAGGGACAGCCGGCCUCAACGCCCGCUGCGCCCCGAGACUUGCUGGGCUGCCCGCGCUGCCGGCGGCUGCUGCACAAGCCGGUGACGCUGCCCUGCGGGCUCACGGUCUGCAAGCGUUGCGUGGAGCCGGGAUCGGCGAGGCCGCAGCAGCGGCGAGUCAACGUGGUGCUGAGCGGCCUGCUGGAGAAGUGCUUCCCGGCCGAGUGCCGCCUCCGCAGGCUGUCGGGCCAGGCGCGGAGCCUGCAGCGCCAGCAGCAGCCAGAGGCCGCGCUGCUCAGGUGCGACCAGGCCUUGAACCUGGCACCUGGGGAUAAUUCCCUGUUGCUGCUGCGAGCAGAGUUAUAUUUAACCAUGAGGAACUACGAGCAGGCGCUACAGGAUGCCAGUGUGGUUUGCCAGAAUGAACCUCUCUCAACUAAGGGGCAUCACGUAAAAGCUCAGGCUCUGUCUGGAUUGGGAAGAAGUAAGGAAGUGUUGAAGGAAUUUCUCUACUGCCUUGCUUUAAAUCCUGAGUGUCACGCUGCGAAGAAAGAAACACAGAAGGUAAUGUGUGAAGUGUUUUUUCCAGCUUCAGAAAAUGCGCAACAAAAUUUAACAUCUUCCAUCCAAAGCAAAUUCAAGGCUCAAUGUCAGAGCCACAUAAACACCCCGGCGACCCUAGACGGAGGAGGGGAUGCGGGGAGCUCUGAGGAUCCAUCUGAGAAAUCUGAUGUCUUUAGGAAUGCCAAUUCCUCAGUUUUGUAUUUCAUACUGGGUCUACACUUUGAAGAGGAUAAGAAAACAUUAGAAAGUAUCCUUCCAGUACCACCCAGCUCCGGUUUGAAGAGACAGUUUCCACAUGAUACAGAGGAGGCCUGUGACCUGAACACCCCUGGAAAAAUUCCCAAAAAAGACGGCUCAGCCCAAGGGAACUUGAACUCUGAGACAGAAGAGGGCCAAGGCCUCUCCAUCGAUGUAACUGACUUCGAGUGUGCCCUCUGCAUGAGGUUGCUCUUUGAGCCUGUCACGACACCAUGUGGACAUACAUUUUGCCUAAAAUGCCUUGAACGCUGCCUUGAUCACGCCCCACAUUGUCCCUUGUGCAAAGAUAAACUUUCAGAGUUGUUGGCAAGCAGAAAUUUUAAUAUUACCAUUCUGGCCGAAGAAUUAAUAUUUCGAUACUUGUCAGACGAAUUGUCUGAUAGGAAGAGAAUUUAUGAUGAAGAAAUGACGGAGCUGUCAAAUCUGACCAGAGAUGUCCCCAUCUUUGUGUGUGCCAUGGCCUUCCCCACCGUCCCGUGUCCACUCCACGUCUUUGAGCCCCGCUACCGGCUUAUGAUAAGAAGAUGCAUGGAGACUGGCACCAAGCGGUUUGGCAUGUGUUUAUCUGUUGAGCAUGCAGGGAUAUCCCAGUAUGGCUGCAUGCUGGAGAUUAAGGACGUCAGAACUUUCCCUGAUGGAAGUUCGGUGGUAGAUGCAAUUGGCAUCAGUCGGUUCAGAGUCCUAAGCCACCGUCACCGAGACGGCUAUAACACUGCAGACAUCGAAUAUCUUGAAGAUGACAAGGUGGAAGGUCCAGAGUAUGAAGAACUCACCACACUUCACGAUUCCGUUUACGAACAGUCUGUCUCCUGGUUUGCGUCUCUCCAGGAUCACAUGAAAGAGCAGAUUCUAAGUCAUUUUGGGUUAAUGCCGGACAGGGAGCCUGAGCCUCAGAGUAAUCCUAGUGGUCCCGCCUGGUCCUGGUGGAUCCUAGCGGUGUUGCCACUGGAACGUAAGGCGCAGCUGGCUAUCCUCGGCAUGAGCUCCCUGAAAGAGCGUCUCCUUGCCAUUCGACGAAUAUUAGUCAUCAUCACACGUAAGAUGAAUAGUCGGCAAGAGCUGGCUACUAUUAGGGAGAGAAAUAAUUGAUUUUUUUCUCUCCAUCAAGGUUUCUGGAAGCCCUUGUACGCUCACACAUACUGGCAUGGAUGAAUAGC